AUGAUGGGACAGGUCCAAAAUCAGAAACGGGAGGUCAUGGAGCUUGAAGGUUGGUACGAAGAGGAUUCAGAGGUUCUAACCAGUGGCAAGUUUAUUGCCCUAGAAGUCUCAGACCACGAGGACGACUACAAUUCUUCCAAUGACUCGCCCUCUGAAGAAGAACAGCAGGAGCUGAAACAAACGCCCACGCGCUCACAGACGCGAGAUAGAUACAGCAGGGAAGGAUCUGGGAGUCGCCAGUCACCUGCACAUAAAGUUGCGCGUACUCCGGAGAUCGCAGAGCUUCCUCCUGCAUCUGCGGGGUCUGCGACAGCCUCUUCGAAAAGCGGAAAACGAUGGUCAAUGCUAUCAAACAACUCCAAGAAGCGGUGGUCAUCUCUCUCUUUCACCAGUGAUGAGCGGCGUCGCAGUCCGUCUACGUCUUCCAUCAAGCGGCGGUCCGUGAUUUCCACUACAAGCGAUGAUAAGCGUACUGCGACGCCGGAUCUAUCGCGGCGCGUCUCCACGUCCACGUCUAGCGUUCACUCUUCGAUCCCUAAUCUCAAGCGUUCUUCGACUAGCAACUCGCUGCGCCAGAUGUUUGGCAAAAUCGCUCUGCAAGACGACCAAAAAGAGAAUAAAACCACGAUUAAACGAUUUUUGGGGAAGAUGUCCCCUCGCCGAACAACGCGUUCCUCGCUUGGUACACUCGACCCUAACAUGUACUCGUCUCUCCCGCAGCGUAACUCAUACGCAGACAACUCCAGCAUAAUUUCGAGCAAUAGCAUGGCCUCGACUGCCUCUUCGAGAUGGAAAUUCUGGAAGAAAACCCCUGAUAUGGGCUCUUUUGAGUCUUCGCCUUCUUACUCUAGUGCCAGCCUCAAAACACGCCUUUCGCAGUCGUCGCUCAAACAAAAAUCUUCGCAUUCUUCUUUGAACAAACUAACUUCUCACCACCGCAAUUCAGUCACCAGCGAAUCUAUAUCACUCCCGAUGCCGGACCAGGUAUCAAGAGACAAGUUGCGCACGAAGCUUCGGAGCUCUACCUCCAUUCUGUCGAUAAACUCAACAGUGGCCACCGAAGAAUUUGACGAGUUCCAAAUAAGUCAACUGCUCAAGCUUUGUGAGCAGUCACAGAUCCUACCGGUUGAACAGCUGGUGCCAGAGUGGAAUUCUCUUCAAAAGUUAUCCAAGCAUGUCUAUCGGGGCGAAGAAUCCGUGUUCAAGGUGUUGCCGCUGGCGCAAGACGAUUUCACUCACAGCAAACACCUCCGUAUCAAAGAACUGGAACUCUUGCGCCUCUUCAACGGGACACCAGGGUUUACACAGAUGUGCGUGUGUCAUUUGGCGCUUGUUGAAAACGACCCUACUCUAAUAUGUGAGCUCAAGUACGCAGGCAAAUCGCUGGCUCAUGUCCGCAUAAACUCUUGGGCAGCAGCGCUCAACAUAUGGUGGCAAUGCGCCGUAAUAAUUUAUGCUGCUGAAACUAAGUUUCAGUUUGAGCACCGUGACCUACAGUUCGAGCAUGUUUUAGUCGACGCAAGCGGUAAUGUCACACUUUGUGAUUAUAAACUCGCGCGUGCGUCACAGGGCUCCGUUGUCUACUACACACGGCUCGACCACCCACUGUUUUUCCAAGGACGUGGGGACUACCGGUAUGAGGUUUACAAUACCAUGCGGCAUUGGUGUGCUGACUCCUGGGCGCGUUACGAUCCACGAAACAACCUGCUUUGGCUACAUUACUUGGGUGUUAAGCUGAUCGAGUCAAUGAACGAUGUGCCCCAUGAUGGCCAGUACUCAGAAUUGCUCAAAUUAAUUGCUCAGGUCAACCCAAAUCGCCGCAGGAAAGCGCUAUUCAGACGCAGCGAUCAGAUUCUCAACUGUGGCGAUGUACUCCGUCUUCGUAGGUAG